AUGCAUGAAAUGGAUAACUAUUUUGCGGUUGGUUCUCCCAAUUCUUCGAUGUGCACCCACAAUGUCGAAACCAUCCCUGAUGUAGCUUCUCAAGUGGGCAUACCAUUGACCCCAGACAAACUUGUAGGACCCACCACCCGCUUGGUUUUUCUAAGUAUCCUCACCUUUCUUGCUGAAUCGUAAUUCUUCCCCCCGAUCAGCAAUAUCAUCUCCAUAAAUAUAGGUCUCAAAACAGCUCUAUACUGCACAGAAACAAUUCCAAAGAUUUCCCAAAGAUACAUGUGUACAUCCGAACCUGAAUUUAUCGAGAAAAGCUCAGAUCGUUAGCUCAUAAAACCGGACCAUUCACAUAAAGAUUUCAAAAAAAGCCAAUCACAUGUUACCCGGAUACUUUAA